AGAAGAUACAGGCUCGAUUUUCCUCAGGUUGAUGGAGUAUCACGAAAUUCGUGGUCACAGUCUACCGACGUGUCACUUUUCGAUACUGCUCAACCAUAUAUUAUGCACUAUUUGCUUUGGCCCGUACGUAUAUAUAUAUAUAUAUAUAGCACACGUUGCUUUAAGGUACUGCUUUCUUGUUUUAUAAGACUUUACAGACGUACUUGCAGCCUGCUCAAGUGCCGCGUUAUUCCAUUGACAGUCAGUGUAAUUUUUAAAAAAGCGCUUACUGUCCUCUCUACUUUAGCGAUCAAGAUAAUACCAGUCAGUUGCUGGUGUUGUAAGCCUUUAGUAAAAAUACUAAUCUUGAUAGGUAUGUUUCCUAGCUCAUACUCUAUAUAUGCAUUUCUGCUAAAUUUGUUAGGUUGGUUUAGCAUGUGGUAUAAUUGUGAUUGGCUGGCUUAUGUAAUCUAUCGAUAAAUUUAUAAGGAGGAACGAAAAGAACGGUUUAAUAAAUAAAAGAAAAAGAUCUAUUGGAAGAACGAAUUUCAUCUGGUCUGACAGAAUAAAAAAUAGCGAAGAAAUCCUUCUAAAUAAGAAAGGAUUAAUAGUCAAAUUCAAAUUCAAAUUCAAAAAAAAAAAAAAGUAAAAUAGGAAUUGACAAAUUGAUGUGUG